GCCAAAUCCAGCAAGAUCUACAGCUUGAGUUGUUUGCUUUAAGGACCUGAAAGACUGUUUCUGUAAUCAGUUUUCGGUUGAGUCUCAUACGAAAUGUAGAAAUCAUUAAUGACUGCGAUUCACCAAUAUCAAUAGCCUCCAAAACAAUAAUUUCAAACAGUCUUGGGUUCUUGCACUACAACGAUAAGAUAAGACAAAGUAACUACGUGCUGGGGCCUUCCGAUAACAUAGGUAUUCGAUGUGAUAGACUCCUGUCAAUACAACAAUGCUCUCUUAAAUCGACAAAAUAUCUUUAAAAAGUUUAAAUUAUGUCUUUAAUGCGUGUAAAAUUGUUAAUAUUUACGAAGUGACAUGUGGGUUGCUUAGUGUAAGUGUAUAGAACGGUGCAUCGGUAUAAAGAUAGCUGGAAAAUGCUGGUAGAAAGCAAUGGACACUGAAACACGCGUGCACGGAGCACCAUGGCGUUGGCCUCUUCUACUUUCAGUUAUUUUCUUGCACGUGUGUCUCCCAAGCCUCGUGCUGUCCUAUGGGGUGCUUCUGGUCAACUCGGUGGCGCUCGGGGUGCCCCCUUGGCUCAGUCUUGCGACCCCGGCGACUUUCGUCCUCACCUACGGGCUCACACAAUGUUGGUGCAGAGACGCGGCAGACUCGUGGGGCGGGAUGGCCGGGUACCGGGUGAUGGCGGCUCUUGGCCUUCUCCUUGUAGUAGCUAGUCUGCUCAGCUGUGCCUUCAUACCUUGUCUGUGGCAUCCGUUAGCCUAUGGCGUCUUAGGAGGGCUUGGAUCGUCUCUCAUAUCAGCACAAGUAGACGCCGUUAUUUUCGAAACGUACGACUCCCAUCUCGCUCUCAUUCGAGGACUUUGUUUCACUGGCCAGGCUGUUGGACAGGCCAUAUUCCCCCACAUAAUGUCAGCGUUGAUCAAUAGCUAUGGAUUCCAUUUCUCUUACAUAGUACUAGCAGGAAUAAUGCUUCAAACCCUACCUGCAAUCAUGCUGCUAAGAGUAUCAGGCAACAUCAUGAGACCGAUGUCCUUUUCAAGAUACAGCGAUUUAUCCAAAACAUACGCAAUUUUCAAUAAUCGUGACGCGAAUUAUUACUCCGCAGAACUACAAUUGCACGAUUUAAGUAAAAAAUGCUGGAAAAGCCCCUCAGAUGACAAUUUGCACCGGGAAGAAGAACUGAUAGAGGUUUAUGACGACGAAGCUAGUGCAACUAUAACACCGCCCCCUAGUCCUGAAGAGAAGAGAAGGAACAUAUUCGGAGUGGAAAUUAUGCCAGAAAUACCCGAGGAAAGUGAGAGCGAAGACGAAAAUGAAGAACAUACUGAAAAUGACAAAGGUCGUAGCCGUAAAAAACGCCUCAGCGUGGCAAUCAAGAGACUAAGUACUAUGGGAGACAACUUUAGUGAAUACAUAAGUAAACAGAUUAGAAAAGAUUCUCAGGGUAGUAGUAAUAAUAGCUAUAACGAAAAUAGAGAGUAUUCUGAAGUAGAAGUCACAUAUGAUAACAUAUCUCCAGUGACUGAUGUUCAAAGAGAGAGAAUAUUCAAUUCGUUUAGUUUUCGAUGUCAGUCUGCAUACGCUAGCAUGAGGAGAAGAAUAUGGAUGCCGUCGUAUAGAGUUUAUAGAUUAAAGCGGAGAAUGACAUACUUUCUAUAUAACGUAAACGAUACUUUUAUAAAGCCAUUGACGAGGUCUUUGUCAUGUUGGAGGUUUUACCCAUCAUUGCUUUUAUGCUUUUCUAAAUUAAGUAUAACUGCGAUUAUGUUGGUUUCAAUGCCAAUGUUGGCGUCUCAGAUGCAUCCAAAGAUUUCACUGAAUGAAUCCAAUUUUUUAAUGACGCUUCAUGGCUUCACCUGGGUGUGUUUCUUGCUCAGUACUCCAUGGCUUGCGCAAACGCCGAAGAGGAAUUUCAAAUAUAUUGCUGUCAUUGGACUAGCAAUAUCCACUGCCGCUUGUUUCAUUCUGGCAGAAGCGAGGAAUCACGAUAUGUUUUCGAUCGGCUGCGUGGUGGCGGGUCUUGGCUACGGAGCCAUUACAUCAUGUUGGGAAACCGCCAUUCAGGACUUCGUCGGCGCCCGCAAGUGGCCCAAACUCCACAGCCCGUUGGAGACUCUCUCCGCCUCCCUCCUAGCCGUCUUCGUACUCGGGCUCUCCUUCGGUAUAAAACAAACAAAUGACCUACAAUACCCCAUGUUCAUUUUAGGAAUAGUUCUAUCAGUCGUAACCUUCAUAUGGACUAUAUUGUCAGUUAUUUCCAUUUACGUAAAUCAUGUAAGGAACUGGAAUUGUGGGCCAAGAUGUAGACUACAAGUUUAAUAUGAAGUUGUUAGUUGUCAAAUCCCAGUAUUUAAUUAGUGUUUCUAAAAUACUUCAUGUGCAUUUAUUUAAACCUAUGCUUGAGCUAAUGAUUGUGAUACACGAUAAGCAGUCUUAAGGCAAAGUAAGAUUAUUAAUAUAAUGUGUUAUUUACAUAAUAAAUUGUUAUUUUUUGUAUCGGAA